CUAAUAAGCAAGCGCGAUGGACCCGAGUGAGAUUGGCCGGUUUGGCACGCUGCGACUGAUGAAACGCGUCGACCCAGCCACGCCAGUCGCCGCAUUCCCCAUUGACGACGACACAGUCACAUUCGGACGCGACCCGUCUUGCAGCGUCAGGUUGUACUACUCAUCAGUGAGCCCAGUACACGCGAAGUUGAUCUUUCAAGAGAAAAAGGCGUUUGUCGUUGUGCUAGGUGCAUCAGGUAUACUCGUCGACGGGUGUCUAGCUCUCCCUUCCCAGAAUCCUUUACUUCCAGUUACUAUACCCGUACCAAACAAUUCCACUCUCGAAAUACGCGGUAAACGAUUUGUGUUUACAUAUCCUCCCAAGGAAAUGCGUGCAGCACUCUACUCCUCACCUUCGCCCACAAAAAACGCGUCCGGGUCAUCAGUGGAUACUGACGCCGAAAUGACACCUAGGACGAGGAAGAAGAUGCUGAGAAUGUCGUUGAUCAGAAGUGCAAAAGUAUUUACGCCCAGAGGCAAACACGCAGAUCCAGUGGAGAAUUUGAGGAUUUUGCAGACACCAUUGAAGAGACGUGGGUCAUCCCCGCUAAAACAGCAAUACCAGACUCUGCAGAGAGCACACAAUGGACAGGAUUCCGACUCUUCUUCCGAUUCUGAUGCCGCCGACGAGAAUGAUGGAGACGGGAAUGAAGCAGAGGAAGAAAUUGUCCUCGUGGAUGGUGAUCAUCCCCACGUUCUAGAAGAGGACAAAGACCUCGUCAUACUCGAAUCCGUCGAAGUCGAAGUCCCGGAACCUCCCCUCUCACCACGCCCUCAACAAUCCGCGGCACCCCCCGCCACACCACACCGCCUCGGCGCAUUUGGUCGUCCAGUCAAUGUCCAAACGUCCAACCCAAACAUGUACCAAACACCCCAUCGCAAACCUGCCCGUCCCUCACUCCAUCGUGCCGUUCUCAUUCGCUCGGCGCAACGUGCAGUGUUGCGACAAGAAAUCGAACAGGAGGAAGAGGAGUUGGAGGAGAAAGAGGUAGAAGAGGUUAUUGUGGAUGACCUUGAGGAUGUUCAAGAGAUCGAGGAGGAAGACGAGGAAGAAGAAGACAGGGACGAGGAGACAGAGGAAACGGAUCUAUCCUCUGGAUGGCGCAAGGGUUUAGGCUUGGUAAAAGGCCUCGGGUGGCCGUUCCGCUCGUCCUCUGCUGCGCCUGAGGAUGACGAGAAUCACGAGAAGCUUGAAGAUGGAGAGGCGGAGAUGGACGUCGAUCAGGAGGCGCCACCUCUGUCCACCGAAGACCCCCAACAAUCCGAUUUAACUGACGCUUCCCCCGCACACCGACCCCUGGGAACGUUCAUGACACCGCAAAUCUCGCGCGUCAGUCUGACUACAGGCGUGGGCCGAGGUGCUGGGAGAAAUUCGUUUGGAGGAUAUUCCUCUUCUUCCUCUGCUGGACUUGGCGGACCACAAAGAGUCCGCGUCGAACCCAAAUGGAAGGUCACAGAUAUCGUCGUGCCAGUGCCGGAUGAGAAAGAGGAAGGGGGGAUGGAUCCAGAUACGGACAUGCUGCAUGUGUCUCCACGGAAGGUGAAGCAGGAGGAGCAGGUGGGAAUGGGGGUUCUGAGCCCUCAGCGGAGGAAGCUCAGCGAGGAGGAAAAACAGGCCAUAAGAGAAAGACGUCGUUCUGCGCUGAGGACACCAGAUCCUUAUUUUGGAGGAUACGUUCCGGGUAUGGGGCCACGACAUUCAAACGUCCAUGCUCAAGCACCGUUGCCGGGGCUGUUUGCCACCACCUUGAAUACGAAUGCAACGAAAACGGACGUGGUAGGGAAAGGGAGGAGUCGAAGUUUGUCACCUGUGAAGAUGGCAAUGCGAUUUGGUUCUCCAGCCAAAGUAGGUGUUUCUAUUGAGGAGAGGGAGGAGAAGGGGCGCAGCGAAAGCGAUGACGAGGAAAACACACGGUCUUUGUUGGAUAGGAUGAAGCAGACAGUGGAGGGGUUGAAGAGGAGACGGAGCGAAAGUGCGUUGGUGCAGAGUGGGGAGAGUAGUGGGUCUACGGUUGGGACAAGAGUGGACUUGGGAGACGACCAGGAGAAUGAUAAUGAGAGAGUGGAUGGUACGGAGGAAGAAGAUGGGAAGAGUGACGUUGGGGGUGAUGAGAGUGAUAAGGAGAAUGGUGAUGUACAAAGUGAUGACGGUGGCCCAAUGGACGUUGAGGUCCCUGCAGCCCCAGAUAUUGGUGCGGAAAACAGAGCCCAGGCCGAUUUAGCAGCGUCAAACCAAGAAAAUGACGAGGACGCGCCAACCGAUCUUCCUCUUCCAGCCCUAACCCGACCAUCCCCCCAGACCCCCCAACUGGGCUCGCUUAAACAUCUCUUCUCCAAGCCUAAACACGAUGUCGGAGCUGCCACCCCUGUCAUGCAGAGCAUGCGCCAUCUAUUCAAAGGCGUUCCUAUCUCUCGCAAGGGCAUGCAGACGCCGAGUAUGGAUGGGGUAAAGACGAUGUUUUUGAGGGAGGAAAGGAGGAGCAGAGUGGGUGAUGAGACACCGACGAUGAAGGCGACUGAACAGGGACAUGCUGCUGUGCCGCCGACCCCCGCGACGCGGCGUCGGACGCCCAGGUUAAAUGCGAAUUCCGGAGUGGCAGCGACAGAGGGGACGGUUGUUUUGAAACUCGGGGAGGUACCAACUGAUGAUAUCCCCGGUCCCGCCACAACCGAAGUGCUGGAUGCAGCACCAAGCAAGACAAAGCCACUGAGAGUGAGGAAGCAGACACCUGUGAACGAUGAGGUGCGUUUUAUGUACUACUGCUGUUGCGGUGGCUCGUGUUUAUUUUAUUUUAUUCCUUUCUUCAUGCUUAGUGUAAUCCGCCGCGACCAUCUGCAUCCUCGGAAGCCAAAGCCGUUGGAGGCAAGAAAGUAAAGGCUGAGAGUCACUCUGAAGUCGUAAGUACACGUAUCAUCACUUUUCCAUCGCGCUGUGUAUCGCAUCGUGAACAUUGACCGCCCCUUUCGUAGGUUCCAACGGCGCCGAAGCGAUCUCCAAGUUGUGCCAAGGGAGUACCGAUUCCUAAAGCCGUCGUAGAGCCGAAAGUGACCCGUAACAAGCCUGUUGUCGCCGCUGCUAGACCCAAAUCUCGUUUGGGAACAACGAAAGCAGGCCAGGGAUCGUCGUCUGUUGUACCUGUGACCGCUGCUGCUGCUGCUGCGCGGGGGACGAGGAGCGGCGUUCGGAGAGUUGGCGGCACCACGACGAGUGGUGGGACUAAUAAUGCACGUGGUCGUUCUGGUUCAGGUAGUUCAGGAUCAGGAUCAGGAUCGAGGUCGGGCAGAUCAACGCCCAGUGAGACUGCUCAACCAGCUGA